AUGACAUCUUAUGAAGACAGUUUUAAUGACACUGUUGUGCGGGAAUAUGGGGAAGGCUUCCCACUUUUAAUGCCAAGAUGGGGAUAUGUUGUGUCCGCAUUUGUGCUGUUUCUAAUCGGAUUUUUUGGAUUCUUCCUUAAUCUGAUGGUCAUUCUUCUCAUGUUCAAAGAUCGACAGUUAUGGACACCGCUGAACAUAAUACUUUUCAACUUAGUGUGUUCGGAUUUCUCAGUGUCUGUGCUUGGGAAUCCACUUACGCUAAUCUCUGCACUGUUCCAUCGGUGGAUCUUCGGUCCCACUAUGUGCGUGCUUUACGGCUUUUUCAUGGCUUUACUGGGUAUAACAUCAAUAACAACCCUCACGGUCAUAUCAUUCGAGAGAUAUUUAAUGGUGACGAGACCGCUCAGUUCGAGGCACCUGACUUGCAAAGGUGCGACUUUAUCCGUGAUCUUCAUCUGGAUGUACUCUUUAGCGCUCACCACGCCUCCACUAAUGGGUUGGGGCAACUACGUGAAUGAAGCGGCGAAUAUAAGCUGUUCCGUGAACUGGCAUGAGCAGUCCAUGAAUACGUUGACCUACAUUUUGUUCCUGUUCGCCAUGGGCCAGAUCGUACCCUUGGCCAUCAUCACUUUUAGCUACGUUAACAUCAUCAGGACUAUGAAACGGAAUUCUCAACGUCUUGGUCGCGUGAGCCGAGCAGAAGCAAGAGCGACUGCCAUGGUUUUUAUAAUGAUUAUUGCCUUUACAGUCGCCUGGACACCUUAUUCAUUAUUCGCGUUGAUGGAACAAUUCGCUACUGAAGGGAUUGUAUCACCAGGUGCAGGAGUAAUUCCAGCUCUAGUUGCGAAAAGUUCUAUUUGCUACGAUCCCUUAAUUUACGUAGGCAUGAAUACGCAGUUCAGACAAUCAAUCAAGAGAAUAUUUGGAAUUCACACAAAAAGGAGCAAUUCACAAACCGAUAGAUGUUAUAACAACACUAUGUUGUCACCAACCAAGCAAUUAGCGUACAAUGAAAUCACAGUACGGUAUAAUUCAUCUGAAACUAUUAUUACUAACACACCGAGAAGAUUGAUGGAGAGAAACGUAACUACCGAUGAUUCUGAUAAUCAUUCAGUGUCAACAGCAAUGAAUGUAGGAAAUCGUCAAAGCGGAAGAGCUAGCGAGUUGUGCACGAUACAAGAGCACAAAACGGCGUCUGAUGCCGAAAAAUCCAGCGAAACAGUUUGUGAUGAAGAAAGCUGCAACAGUAACAAAAAUAUAGAGACUGUUUGCGGUCAAUCGUGGAAAAUUCUCAAACAACCGCCCCCUGUUCUGACUAUAGUAGACAACGAACAUAUCAUUUUCAACAGAGUACCAAAAAAUACGGCUCAGGAAACUUUAGAUAGCGUGUAUGGCAAUACAUCGUAUGGUGAACGGGAAACUGAUACCACAAAGGAUGCUAUAGCAGGGACCAGCAAUGAUAAGACCUCUAAAAAAACGAUCCAACAUAGCUGUUCAUUAGAUUUAGGCCACGUACUUGGUGAAGGUAAGAGACGUAAGUUUUCAAUAGAAAUGAAACUCGACACAUUCAAUCCAUCGAAACAAUUUUUCAAGGAAGGAGUUGUUAGCAAAGUUUUCGAUUCUGACUCACGUCAGAGACGUGACAGCGUUAAAAGCUAUUUAUGUGAUAAUGAGUCAAGUGAUAAUGAAGAUGAUUUGUAA